GCUGCCGACGUCCAGCGAUGCCCCGCUCAAGCGCCGCUGCUCCAGCUCCCGCAGGCUGAGGCUGAUCCUGCGCCCCAGCUCCACGCCCACCUGCAGCGGCGGCGGCUCCAGCAGCUCCACCUCGGUGAAGGAGGCGCUGGUGGGCAGCUCGUCGCGCAGGGAGAUGUUCGAGGGCGCCUCCCUCACCACGCUCUCCACUAUGGCCGGAGGAGGAGCCGGACCCCCCUCGCCCUCCUCCUCCUCCUCUCCCUCCCCUCCUCCCGCGCCAUCGCUGGAGGCUGCUCCGUCUGGCGGCGGCGGCUCUUCCUCGUCCGCCGCCGUGCCCUCGCCCGCUUCCUCCGAUGCUGGUGGCUCUUCGGCGACUGGUUCCAUCCUCUCUCCUUCGCUCGCCAAUUCAGCAGCAGCAGCAACCUCUGCCGCCGCCUCCGCUACUGCUAGUGGCGCCUCCUCGGUACCAGUGGCGCGGGAAUCCUCCACGACUUCUGCCGUAGCCGCAUGCUCAGGCACCUCCGCUGGUUCGGUGGGAAUCGGCGGGACUGCCCCCUCCGCCUCCAUCAUCCUUUUUUCGCUUAUCCAACUUAGCGAUCUCUUGAUUUGGGUCCCCUUCCCAGUCCACCUGUUUCGUCCCGUUUCUAGGGCAACAAGACUUCACUUGCUCGAUCAAAGGCGAGGGAGGUUCGGUUGGAGGUUGCGAGGGAAACGCGUUCUAAGAGUCCAAGCUGAUUGGCCGUUCUCGCUUGGGGAACCCUCCGCGCCCACAGAGCUUUCUGGAGGCUAAUAGGGGGCGAGCAGCUUGCCCGUCGCGAUCUGUAACGUCAGCGCUGCGCCAGUUCUUUCCUUUGAAGGGGAAGCAAAAUGGCGGAGCUAGGAAAAAAGUAUUGCGUGUAUUGCUUGGCCGAGGUGAGCUCGCUCCGCUUCCGCUGCACCGAGUGUGCCGAUAUCGAGCUCUGUCCUGAGUGCUUCUCGGCAGGCGCUGAGAUUGGACCUCAUCGGCGCUGGCACGGCUACCAGCUGGUGGACGGCGGGCGCUUUACGCUCUGGGGUGCUGAGGCCGAGGGCGGUUGGAGCAGCCGUGAGGAGCAGCUCCUCCUGGACGCCAUUGAACAGUUCGGCUUCGGCAACUGGGAAGAUAUGGCUGCUCAUGUUGGAGCAUCACGAACACCUCAGGAAGUUAUGGAACACUAUGUAAGCAUGUAUAUACAUGGUAACCUUGGGAAAGCCUGCAUCCCUGACAUUAUUCCAAACAGAGUGACUGAUCACACCUGCCCAAGUGGUGGCCCACUUUCUCCUAGCUUAACCAUGCCUCUGCCACCUCUCGACAUAUCAGUGGCUGAACAACAACAACUGGGAUAUAUGCCACUUAGAGAUGAUUAUGAGAUUGAAUAUGACCAAGAUGCUGAGACCCUUAUUAGUGGCCUUUCAGUAAACUAUGAUGAUGAUGAUGUGGAAAUAGAAUUAAAAAGAGCUCAUGUAGACAUGUACGUAAGAAAACUGAAGGAAAGGCAGAGACGAAAGAACAUUGCCCGUGACUACAACCUGGUCCCUGCUUUUUUAGGCAAGGAUAGAAGAGACAAAGAAAAACCUUCAAAACGCAAGAUCACAAAAGAAGAAAAAGAACUGAGGUUAAAAUUGAGGUCUCUCUAUCAGUUUAUGUCUUGCAAGGAGUUUGAUGAUUUCUUUGAAAACUUGCACAAGGAGAAGAUACUUCGAACCAAGAUUAGGGAACUACAGCGGUAUCGGAGGAAUGGUAUAACAAAAAUGGAAGAAUCUGCAGAAUAUGAAGCAGCUAGACACAAACGAGAGAAAAGGAAAGAAAAUAAAAAUAUUGGUACUACUAAGAGGGGAAAAGAAGAUGGUAAAGAUGGGGAAUUUGCUGCAAUUGAAAACCUACCUGGAUUUGAACUGUUAUCUGACCGAGAGAAAGUACUCUGUAGCUCUAUUAACCUGAGUCCAGCACGUUAUGUGACUGUUAAAACCAUUAUCAUUAAAGAUCAUCUCCAAAAAAGGCAGGGCAUUCCGUCAAAAAGUCGCCUUCCUAGUUACUUAGAUAAGGUACUAAAGAAAAGAAUUUUGAACUUCUUAACUGAAAGCGGUUGGAUAUCCAGAGAUGCUUCUUGAAUCUUGUUCUGUCUGCUUUGAAAUAGCAUCAGUAUGAACAAAUAGUCUGUUUACUUGCGUCCCUUUUUCUUAAAACAGGAUUUUUCUAGUAAGAGCUUAAAAUCCUCAACUGGAUUCUUCUGUAUUGAAUCAUGCAAAUACUAAAUCCCACUUUGUGAUCCGCACAACUUCCUUGGGGGAGGAAGUCAUCUUCGAAAAAUAUUGUGGGACAGGUGACUCACUUAACUUUGACUAGUAUAGCAAAUGUGAUAGUAGUUACUGAGCGCCACCUGUGCUAUACAAGCUAUUUGUAUAGACUGAGGGUGAAAAACUUGAGCUUGUGUUAUGGACAUAGUGCUGGGUGAGGCUGCAAUCCUCUGCACACUUCACUUGGGGAGUAAAUCUGACUAAAUUCAGUAGAACUUCGCUGUCAAGUAAACUUGCAUAGGAUUAG